GAAACUGUAAAUACUAGUGGAUCAACGCAAUCAGACAACUUAGCACACAUGGAAGAAGUAGGGUUAUAAUAUAAGUCUGCUUGGAAAAUGGCUAAAGCUGUCGACGAAGCUGUUUGUGAUUUGACCGGGACAGAGCGGAUGACAAAUGAGGAGCUGAGGGAGCUAGAAAAGUGGUGUCCAUGGUGUCUCGAGGAGAAAAAGGUAGAGGAACCCGAGUCAGUGGUUUCACAGGAAGACCAAACCUUGAUAAGUAUAGAGGAGUGGAUGUCAAUUUACGACGUUGACGGAAAAGAGUUAGACGACUUUUAUCUCCCUGGCGUAAGCCGAGAAGAAGACAGUGGCGUUAAUGAAACGGGUAUUUGCGCUACUCUUACCAUAGAGGUUACGACAAAUAGCGCAAGCUCAUCGCAAAGAGAUAAAAAAGAAACAACAGUCGAGAAUUUUGACAAAAACACAUGUGAUGCAUCAAAGACAUUAAAAGACGAAGAUUCCACUAAAAAUGAUUGUAAUAACAAAUCUACAGCCGUACAAGCCAGUUCAGACUCAAUAGAUGGAGACUCUGAGGAAUAUGAAAACAAGGAGAGCAAACAAUCUGUGUCUAAGCUAAGAUGUGCUGGAAAAGGUUCUCCAGUGGAAAGGGCGGAGCUUAAUGUUACUAUAGCAACAAAGGUCAGUCAUGACCACGGGUAUUAUAAAAACGCGGGCUCACGUGAUGUUACUGACCCAGUAACAAAAUGAGCAUUCAAAACGGUGGAUUCACGGGCGAGUUUCAAAUUUAUUUCAAUAUAUGAAAAAUAUGACAUUCGCGUACAGCAAUUGUAAUAAAAUGUUGGCUAUAUGUAAGAAUA